UGAUGGACGAGUCCCGAAAGCCCUUGACUGGACCUAGAGUCAGUUUUCGUCGAUCCUUCCACGAAGACGGACUGAGCACCUCGCCGCAUCGCCGACCUCCCUUACAGCCAAGGCACUGAGCAUCAAUAGAAACCACGUACGCAGCGCCAUGGCAACCACCUCGCCGACAACAGCAGCUACAGCGGCCGUGAUGGGGGAGGCUGAGGCAGCGGCGGUCCAUUUCACUCUGCUGGAUUAUAUGCUGUUCGUUCUCAUGCUGGUGGUGUCACUUGGCAUUGGAAUCGUGAGUGCCUUCAAGAAUCGCCACAAUGUGUCCACCCAGGAGUACCUGGUGGGGAACAGGAAGAUGUCCCCGGUGGCUGUGGGUCUGUCCCUGCUGGGUGGCUGGGUGUCCGCCGUUUCCAUCCUGGGAAACGCCACGGAGGUGUACUUUUACGGGACGCAGCUGGUGACGUCCUUGUUGGGUUGCAUUCCUGCUUCCAUCCUGGUGGUGACAGUGAUCUUACCACUCCUCUACGAACUGAGGAUCAUCUCCAUUAACGAAUACAUCGAGCUGAGGUACAACUCUGCCACGCUCCGCAAGCUGAUGACUCUCUGUGUGUUGUUCACAAAUUACUUCUUCAUGGGGGUGUGCCUGUACACCCCGUCCCUCGCCCUCACCACUGUCACCAGCCUGCCUAGCUGGACCGCCACGCUCAUCAUGGGAUCUGUCUGCACCAUCUACAUCACCAUAGGCGGCGUGAAGGCAGUGGUGUACACGGAUGUGAUGCAGACACUGCUUAUGUUUGGCGGCGUGCUGGCCGUGGUGGUCACGUGCUGCCAGGACCUGGGAGGCCUCGGCAAUGUGUGGACCAUCGCCCAACGAGGAGGAAGGAUAAGCUUCUUCGACAUGAACACGAGCAUAUUCGAGCGACACACUUUCCUCUCCACCUUCGUGCUCGGUUUCUAUGUUUUCCUCAACAAUGUGGGGUUCAAUCCUAUCAUGUUCCAGCGCUUCGCCGCCGUCAGCACAGUGCAGUCAGCCGUCAGGUUGAGCGUGUUUUUCCUGUUCGGCAUGGCGGCCUUGUGGAUCGUUUUCUUCCUGUCAGGACUCGUCGCCUACGCCUCCUACGCGGACUGUGACCCCCUCACCGCCGGCCUGAUCCAGAAGCCCGACCAGAUCAUCCCCUUCCUGGUGACGGACAGACUGUCGCGUUUCAGCGGCCUGGUGGGGAUUUUUGUGGCGGCAGUGUACAGCGGCGUGCUCAGCACGGUGUCCAGCUGUGCCAACUCAGUGGCCUGCGUGUUCUGGGAGGACUUCCUCAAGCCGCGUCCCUACUUCAGCAAAUUUUCAGAUGCCAAGGCGACCAACGUUGUUAAGCUUAUCUCGGCAGUGUCGGGGGUGGUGGCCAUCAUGCUGGGGCUGCUGGUGGAGGAGAUGGGCAAUAUAUUCGUGGUGGCGUACAGUGUGUGUGGUGCUGUCGUCGGUCCCAUGACGGGUGUGUACCUCACCGGCAUCUUCGCUCCCUGGGUCACUGUCAAGGGCGCCACGAUGGGGUUCUUCGUCUCGCUCGUCUUCAAUUUGUGGGUCGUAAUCGGCAAGUUAGCACGGGGUGGCGGUUCCCCCAGCAUGCUGCCGCUCUCCACUGCCGGCUGCCUCGCCCCCCUCAUGAACACCACCCUGCCCGAUGUCCUGCCUACCACCUCCUAUAUCACCACCCUUCUCAACACCACAGCCACGGCUGUAGCAAGCGAGACGCUUGAUGAAGGGACAGUCUAUGACAUAUCCUACUGCUACCUCGGCAUUGCUGGAGUGGUGAUUACGAUGGUGGUGAGCACGCUAACCUCAUUGCUUGCAGGUCCGACGAAGCCAGACAGCCUGAGGAAGGGAGUAGUCAGCCCCACGUGCCUCAAGGUGUACACGUGGGUGUGGUCGCGUCUGCACGGCCAUCAGGAUGACGACAAGAGGAAAGAGGCUCGGCAUCUGAGUGUAUAGUGCAGCACAUCUCCAUGGAAACACCGCAGCUCAAGCUUGACUCCUGCUGCCUCGUCUGGCACUGCACUGUUUAUCUGUCAUUGCAUCUUACUAAAAUAUCUUUCACCACUAGGCAGUUAUUUUUCGUUCCAAUCAUAAAUACUCAUAACUGAUCAUACGUAGGCACCUACACCCGCCACGUGGCCCCCACUGUGGUUCAGUAUAGUUAAGCACACUGACAAGUCCGCCAACCAACUGAAGGUAUUCAUGUUCAUUGUCAGUGUGAGAAAAUAGUGGAACACUUAAUUUUCUAUACAUACAAUUACAGCACAAAAGUAGUUAUAUAUGUUUUAAGGUAAAACAAAAAAGUGUUUUAAUUGUGACUUCUCGCGAAAAAGUGUCAACGGAAGGCAGUGCACGUACACCCAACACAUGCCAUGGUGGAGGGAGUGUCGAGGUGGGAAAGGAUCACUUGGGCAGCGAGGAGUGACGUAGGUGUAGAUCACUUUAUUGCAGCACACUUUUAAGAACACACAAAAAAAAUAAUAAUAGAAUAAGAGAAGCUGCUAAAAACCCCCUAACGACUCAACACAAACAACCUGAUUGCUGAGGCUAUUCCAUUUUAUCUACCACUUUAUAUGAGAACGAAUUCCUCCCCAUCUACUUUUUAAAUCUAUCUUCACCGUGUUUAGCUUGAACCCGCUAUAUCUUGUCCUAUCCUGAUUACUGACUGAAAAUGUUGCUUAUAUCACCCUUGUUAUAUCCCAUACACCACUUAAAGACCUCUAUCAGGGCCUUCUUAACCUAAGCUUCUCUAAAGAGUUUAUAUUUUAAAUCUUGAGUUCCCUCUCGUAAGGAACACUCAUCAUCCCCUGUCUCUUUUUAGUCAUUCUCCUUUGUACUGAUUCUAUAGAAUAAACCUAUAUUAAUCUUUUUGGGGACACUGAUAAUACACGCUGUAGUUUCUCCUGUGAGACUCAACAGUCGCUUGCUGGAGCACGGAGCCAACCAGUAUUUUUAUUUAAAGUAUUGUGCGUUCCGUUAAUUGAUCAGUGUAAACCAUCUAUUUCCUAUUUGAACGAGUCUACUUUCCUCCACGAUGGGCAAUUCUACGCGUGGCUCCCUUCAGACGGAAUAAUGAACCCUGAUUCACUCAUACAUCAUCAUCACCAUCAUCAUCAUGAUUAUCACCAUCAUUAAAGUUCACGAUUCCAGUGCAGGACAAAUAUCUGCCAAGUGUCAAGUGGAGGGUUGAGCCAAACAGCCUCGCGCCACUCUGGCUGAGGCGUCUUGGCGGGGCCACGACGGGGUUGCGGGCACGUCUUUGCAUUGCCCGCUGACGUAAUACUGUGUGUGCCUGGUGAAUGAGGUGAAAUUUGCUAUGUUUAUAUAACUAAUCAACAUACUAACUCUUAAUUAGUAAUAAGCAACAUAUAUAGCUUUCUUCAAUGUAUCAACUACUCAAAUAAAAACAUUUACAAA